AGCACCUUGGGCUGGAAUCCACACAAUGUCAACUGACUUCAAGCCUGCGCCUCUGCCCUCCAAACGGGCUAACACCGAUUACCCAUUAAUUGAUUCGGAUCCGCAUUUGAGGCGGGUUUUCGGUUAUGCGAGACCUUCAGACUAUGCGGUCGCCGGUGGAAUGGCAGCCGCCUCUCCACUUACAUUCUGGAUGAUGGAGAGAGUGAGCCCUUCCCAUGUUGGUCGGGGAGGUUUUGCUCCUGUCAUGCGACUGGCGACUGCUGUUGGUCUCAUUGGUGGUCUACACAUCCUUUAUCAGAGAUCUUGCAAUCGCUUCUACGGCUUUUCGGAGAACUCGAGGGAGGCUGACAUGGACAUGAGGGAAAUGGUGGACAAAGUCAAGACUGGCCAACCUUUAUACGGCACCUCCCAGGUCUCUCCCUACUUGCAAGGUGUCGCAGCUAGAAACUCGCGGUUUUCCGAGCUCUUCAUCCACGUCAUCCCGUGGUUCAACGUUGUCAACCACGACCAGCACGGUGUCGAUACGGCCAAAUAUUAUCAGCAGGCUGAGCGGGAACUUGAGACCGAACGUUUGGCAGGUGGUGGCUCUUCCUGAACCCACAUAGUACAAUGUCAAGAGGGAUCGUCUGUUAUCUAAUUGCAAGUUUCCGUGGCCCCUAUGUAUUAUUCAUCAUUUCUGGUAUCGUGCGCAAAGAAGAAAAUAAUUGUUAAGCUGUAUAAAAGGAUGAUUCCAGUCG